GUUUCUCCCCCCCUCAACUAGGAGUUACUUCCGGGUAGAAGGGCGUGCUUCCGGAGCGCGGGAAGGCUGAAACGCGGUGGGUUCAAUUGGAGGCGAUUGUGCGAGGUUUCCCGGCGAAACCCGUAAGCUAUGGACAGGGGUGGCUUUGGAGAGAUGUCAUCCCCUGUGAUCCGGGAGGCAGAGGUGACACGGACUGCAAAGAAGCAGAGUGCUCAAAAAAGAGUUUUAAUCCGAGCAUCCCAAGAUGAAUUGUUCGCUAACACUACACCAAGAAAUCAGGUCAUCCCGCGAACUCCUGGCUCAUUUCGACCACCUUUGACUCCACCAAACCGGAGCUUAUUAAGGCAGCCAGAUGUUUCAUGCAUUCUUGGAACAGGAAGGAGAUCUCCCCGAUUUACUCAGUCUUCAGGGUUCUUAGGAAAUCUGUCUAUGGUAACAAAUCUGGAUGACGGUAAUUGGGCUGCUGCUUUUUCAUCCCAGCAUUCAGGGCUUUUUCCAAACACAGAGGCCCACAAUGUAACGGAAGAUGUAACUCUCAGCGCAGUUAUGUUAAGGGAAGAUGAUCCUGGAGAAGCAGCCUCCAUGAGUAUGUUUUCAGAUUUUCUGCAAUCUUUUUUGAAGCACUCUUCAUUGACAAUUUUUGACCUUGUAGAAGAAUAUGAAAACAUUUGUGCUAGUCAGGUGAAUAUUUUGAAUAAAAUGGUGAGUAGAGCAACACCUGGACUUCAGAAAUUUUCAAAAACAGCCAGUAUGCUCUGGCUUCUUCAACAGGAGAUGGUCACGUGGAGGCUGUUGGCUUCUUUGUAUAGAGACAGAAUACAGUGUGCGUUAGAAGAUGAAAAUAUGUUUGCAACUGCUUCUCUUAAUGCCAGUGAAAAAGCAAUUGUGGAAGGUUUAUUUCAGAGAGAUUCACUUGUUCGACAAAGUCAGCUGGUGGUAGAUUGGUUAGAAAGUAUUGCCAAAGAUGAAAUUGGAGAUUUUUCUGAUAAUAUUGAAUUUUAUGCAAAAUCAGUAUACUGGGAGAAUACUCUGCAUAGCUUGAAACAGCGACAGAUGUCUUUCAUAGGAAGUGUCCGCCCUCUUGUCACUGAAUUGGAUCCUGAUGCUCCCAUAAGACAGAAAAUGCCCCUUGAUGAUCUGGACAGAGAAGAUGAAAUCAGAUUACUCAAAUAUCUGUUCACUCUAAUUCGUGCUGGAAUGACAGAAGAGGCACAACGGCUGUGUAAACGUUGUGGUCAGGCAUGGCGAGCUGCGACACUUGAAGGCUGGAAACUGUAUCAUGACCCUAACAUCAGUGGAGGAACAGAAUUAGAGCCUGUUGAAGGGAAUCCAUAUCGAUGCAUUUGGAAAAUAAGCUGUUGGAGAAUGUCAGAGGAUGAACUUUUUAAUAAAUAUGAAAGAGCAAUUUAUGCAGCUUUAAGUGGAAAUCUCAAGCAGCUGCUUCCGGUUUGUGACACCUGGGAAGACACAGUGUGGGCCUACUUCCGGGUGAUGGUGGACAGUCUGGUAGAACAGGAGAUACGAACGUCACUAAUAACACUGGACGAAACCGAAGAGCUCCCUCGGGAAUAUUUGGAAGCCAAUUGGACCUUAGAAAAAGUUUUUGAAGAACUUCAAGCUACUGAUAAAAAGAGAGUUCUGGAAGAGAAUCAGGAACAUUAUCAUAUAGUUCAAAAAUUCCUUAUUCUGGGAGACAUUGAUGGUUUGAUGGAUGAAUUUAGCAAAUGGCUUUCCAAAAGCAGAAAUAAUCUACCCGCACAUCUCCUCCGCUUCAUGACUCACCUUGUUUUGUUUUUCCGUGCUCUGGGACUGCAGACAAAAGAAGAAGUUUCCAUUGAAGUUUUAAAAACAUAUAUACAGCUUUUAAUAAAUGAGAAACAUACAAAUCUCAUAGCAUUUUAUACUUGUCACUUGCCACAAGACUUAGCUAUUGCUCAGUACGCACUAUUUUUGGAAGGUGUUACAGAAUUUGAACAGCGUCACCAUUGCCUGGAACUGGCAAAGGAAGCAGAUUUGGAUAUAGCAUCUAUAACAAAAACUGUAGUUGAGAAUACUCGAAAGAAAGAUAAUGGUGAAUUCAGUCACCAUGACCUGGCCCCAGCCCUCGAUACUGGAACUACUGAGGAGGACCGCUUAAAGAUUGAUGUAAUCGAUUGGUUGGUAUUUGAUCCAGCACAGAGGGCAGAAGCAUUAAAGCAAGGCAAUGCAAUAAUGAGAAAAUUCCUGGCAACAAAAAAGCAUGAAGCUGCAAAAGAAGUGUUUGUGAAAAUUCCUCAGGAUUCCAUAGCAGAAAUUUAUAAUCAGUGGGAAGAGCAAGGGAUGGACAGCCCGCUUCCCGCUGAGGAUGAUAACGCCAUCCGAGAGCAUUUGUGCAUUAGAGCGUAUUUGGAAGCCCAUGAAACAUUUAAUGAGUGGUUUAAGCAUAUGAAUUCAGCUCCACAAAAACCCACUUUGAUACCUCAAGCAUCUUUUACUGAGAAAGUGGCUCAUGAACACAAAGAAAAGAAAUACGAAAUGGAUUACAAUAUUUGGAAAGGGCAUUUGGAUGCCCUGACAGCUGAUGUGAAGGAGAAAAUGUACAAUGUCUUGUUAUUUGUUGAUGGAGGAUGGAUGGUGGAUGUUAGAGAAGAUGCAGAAGAAGACCCUGAAAGAACGCAUCAGAUGGUUUUAUUGCGGAAACUUUGUCUACCAAUGCUCUGUUUUCUACUUCACACUAUAUUACAUAGUACUGGUCAGUAUCAGGAGUGCCUCCAGUUAGCAGAUAUGGUAUCCUCUGAACGACACAAACUAUAUCUGGUAUUUUCCAAGGAAGAACUAAGAAAAUUGCUACAGAAGUUAAGAGAAUCCUCUCUGAUGCUCCUCGACCAAGGACUUGAUCCUUUAGGAUAUGAAAUUCAGUCAUAAUUCAUCUACUGUGUAAUCUCUCUAAUCAGGAUAAAUGGAGUUGUUGUAUAUUUGUAAUUACUAGGACUUUAUUUUACAUUAUCAUGGGCUAAAACAUUUAUAAAAUUCAGACAUUAGAAUUUUGUACUUUUCAGAAUACAGUGGUAACAGUUUAAAAAUGAAUGUAUCAGUAUUUCCCUGUGUUUAUAAAUAAAAUUAUGUAAAAAUUAAAAUGUUCUGUACUUAAGAAUUCUAGGAUUAUUUGUUUACUUCUUUGUAAUAACAAGUUAAAUUUUUUCAAUCAGAGAGACAGCUCAAGGUUUUGAGUCUAUACUUUGCAUGCAGGAGGCCAGAAUGAAGCCCUGGCACCUCAUGGUCAUGGAGUACCACCAAAAGGUACCCCUAAGUACCCCCAUGUGUGGCCUGGGACAAAAGUUAAAUUUAUUAUCUUUUACUUUAUUAUCAUAAAUACUUUCAAUAUCUUAAAUUCAUAAAGAGAGGGGAAAGUAGAUUCUUUUUUUGGGGGGUAGGGGGUUGCGGGUUUGGAGGCCAUACCCGACUGUGUAUCACUCCUGGCCAUGUUCAGGGAACCAUAUAUGAUGAUGGGGAUCGAACCUAGGUCUCAUGCAAAGCAGGGUCCUUGAGCUGGAGAGACAAGAUAGCAGGUAAGGUCAAAUUUGUUAAAGUGUAGGAUUUAGAAGUAAGAAAUAACUAAAAGUGAGAAUGUGACUAACAAGCCAUUAUAACUCCCAGAGCUUUAUAGUUCUCUAAAUCACUUGAGGAAUUUGUUAACUUUGUGUUUUAUAGAUAAUACCAUUUAAGAUGUGUGCCUCUACAGCAGGUAGGGCGUUUGCCUUGCAUGCAGCCAACCCGGAUUCGAUUCCCAGUAUCCCAUAUGGUCUCCUGAGCACCUCCAGGAGUGAUUCCUGAGUGCAAAGUCAGGAGUAACCCCUGAGCAUCGCCGGGUGUGACCCAAAAGGGAAAAAAUAAAAAUGAUGCGUGACUCUAGAGGCCUGGAGAGCAUCAUAGGAUCGUAUUUCUACAGUGCCCUAAGUAAUUGUAAUGAGUUCCAUGUGCAAUGUGGCUUAGAUCAUAGGUUGGUAUUCAUACUCCUGAAUCCACAGCAGACAGCAGUAGUUGAUUGUGCUGUUUUUUUGUGUGGUUGGGAUUUAUUUAUUUUUGGCAAAUCCAAAAAACCCAACAGGAUUGCACCCCGUAGUGCGCAGGGCUUACUCCUGGCUUUGUGCUCAGGGGUCAGUCCUGAUCAUACUCAGUGUACCCUAUGGGUUGGGGAAUUGAAUCCAAGUCCAUCACGUGGUAGGCAAACACCCUCCCUGCUGUAUUGUUGACUGUCUUGCUCUCCAGCAGUUGGGAGACGGUAUAGAGCAAUAGGCUGUCUCAAGGUUUCUUAAUAGCUGAAAAUGAUCAUAUGAUGAAAUACUUAUCAAAAUAUCUCUUGAUUCUUAGACCAUACUCUAUCCAUUGCAAAAUUGAAAUGAAGCAGUAUGAGCAAAAAUACAACUCUAAUAAGACAAUCAGUGUUGAAAGCCAUCAGGUGCUGUUUGAAAGAAGGCAAAUAAAUGGGGAGACAUUGAGUUCAGUAAUUGGAAGACUCAACAUAGUGAAAAAUGAUCUUUCCAAAUUGGCACAGUUUUAACAGUACUUCCUAAGACUCUAAGAAACAGAUGAACUUAAUUCCUGUAGGUUUGAAGAUGGUAUUGUAGCUAGGUGUAGAGUAUCCUUAUUCUUAGGAGGUGCCUGCUAAAAUACAUAGGAAGGAGUGGCCAGAGACAUAGAACAGAGGGUAAGGUGCUUGCUUUGCAUGCGGCUGACCCUGGUCCAGUCCUGGGACCAUAUGGUCCUACAAGCACUGCUGGAUAUGGUCCAAUCCAAAUAAUGUAGGAAUGAAAGGUUGCAAACUUGUGCUUUGAAAUGUGUCACUUUAAAAUGAAGAUCUGCUUGGGCCAGAAUGAUAAUACAGUGAUACGAUGCUCACCUUGUACACAGCCACCCUGGGUUCCAUCCCCAGCACUAGGCAUCACUCUGGGCAGUGCUUAGGGAACCACAGCCCCGCCAGCAGUGAUCCCUGAAUACCACUGGGUGUACCCCGAUAAAUAAGCAAAUAAGGCAAAAUACUAAUAAGUGGUUAGCUAAAGAACUCAUGAGCGCUCAAAUGGAGCAGUAUAACUUGCAACUUUUCUGUAGAUUUAAAAUUUUCAAAAUAAGACUUGGGGUUCAGCGUUGACAGACUGAGGUUACCAAGCAGAGAUGGGGGAGAGGGGUGGACUAGGAGGGACAUGAGAGCCCUGGAGUUUUGGGCACUUAGGUGGUGCUGCUGCCGCCGAACUUUAUGCCUCAAAAGUGUAAGUGUUGUGCUCGCUUCGGCAGCACAUAUACUAAAAUUGGAACGAUACAGAGAAGAUUAGCAUGGCCCCUGCGCAAGGAUGACACGCAAAUUCAUGAAGCGUUCCAUAUUUUUAACUGAGACUUUAACCUGAACGCUUUGUAACUUUCCACAUGGUGAAUUAAUAAAAGAAUUUUAAAAAAAAAGUGUAAGUGUUAACAUUGUGGACCACAUUACCUCAAUA